GGCGCGGCCUUGCGGGCAAACGGAGCACGGAGCGGCCCACGGAGAAGGUUCAAGGUGACUGGAUCUGAGGCAGAAAAGAGGGGGCAGCAUGGCUGAGAAGGAAGGAAACUGGGAAAGACGUUCCAUCCUAAAACCUCCAGUUGUAGGACAUGUGAGCCACCACAAUAUUCACCUAAGUUGGGACCGGGAAGAACAACGGAAAGGUCCACAGGAACAGUGGUUAAAAUUUUCAGUUGAAGAAGAGGAUCCUAAGUUACACAAAUAUGGUCUAAUUUACACGGGAUAUGCUCGACAGCAUGUUGUGGAAGGUCUUAAACCUAGAACAACCUACAGAUUUCGGCUUAAAGUCACAGAUCCAUCAGGAGACUCAGUUUACAGUUCACCUGUUUGUGUAACCACAACAAGUGAACCAAUGAGCGGAGAGCACCUUCACCGUGCUGUAAGUAGGGAUGACAUAGAUGAAGUUCUUAAAAUACUUCGGGGAAGGAAAGUGGUGGUAGAUACACUCAACAAAUUAGGAUUUACAGCUUUGAUGGUUGCUUCACAAAAAGGUUUUGCAAGACUUGCAAAGAUUUUGGUAGAACAUGGUGCAGAUGUAAAUGUGAAGAAUUCCAGUGGAAAAGACAGUUUAAUGAUAGCCUGCUUUGCUGGUCACCUGGACAUUGCUCAGUAUCUUAGAUCCCAAGGCGCUUCUUGGCAAUCCAGAGAUCUUGGGGGAUGUACAGCUAUGCACUGGGCAGUUGAUGGAGGACACUGUGAUGUAAUUGAGUGGAUGAUACAGGAUGGUUGUGAGGUUGAUGCUAAAGAUGCAGGUUUGGAGUGGACUCCGCUGAUAAGGCUGUGUGCAUUGACAGGAAAAACAGAUGUGGCCACACUUUUGAUAGAUGCUGGAGCUGAUGUGAACACCAAGGAUAAGGAUGGCAAGACCCCUUUAAUGGUUGCGGCAUUGAAUAACCAAGAAGAAUUGGUUGCAUUAUUGUUAGAGAGGGGAGCAGAUCCUGAUGUUAAAAAUGAGUUUGGCAAAGGUGCUCUGGAAAUGGCUAGAGGAUUAAACAGACAGAGUGUAGCUUCAGUAAUCGAAGAUAAAAAAAGGAAAAUGAGUAGUAUGGCCAGUCUUGCUCCAUCUGCCAGUACGCAGCUGUCUGAGGCAACUGAAUGAAAUCCGAAUCUUUCCUGCUAGGAAGAUGGUGAGACUGUAUUGAUUCAAUUCUGGUUGUUUCCCUUUUUCCUGUUUGGUUGUUACACAUUCUUGGACACCUUGAUUAAAUGCUAGCUUUGCUUCUUAUUCAAUAUUUUCUUUUGCGUUUAUAUUCACCUGCAUUACUAAGAAAUUUUAUUUUCUCACUACAAUCCGUUUAACAGUGAUUCAGAUAUAUUUUUUUUGCUCUUCUGUUCUUUGCUGUUGUGCAGCUAUUCAAUUUCCCCCCUCUUUAAUGUAUUGUUCAUCGAAACUAAAAUUACAAAAGCUGUGUGAAACUGUGGCAUGAUAACACAAUGAAAAGCGCAAUGUCUGGACACCCUCCCCCCACUAACAUCAAAUGAAUGAUUGUCACAAUACUAUAAGAGCUAUUACUGACACCAAGAGCCAAAUGAGGUAUUAUUUAUAUAAUUCCCCCCCC